AUGGAUCCAAGCCCUGUGCAGUACUCCAGUGUCAAGCACACCGUCAUCCACCCGAACUUCCUACACACCAAUUCCACGUCCCAUCGUUGGGCUUUCAGUGCCAUCGCAGAGCUCAUAGACAACGCCUCUGACGAUGCCCAGGCCACACAGUUCUGCAUUGACUUGCAGCAGUUUGAGGUGACAGGCGAGGAUGGCACCAGCAAAGAGGUGGACACACUGGUGUUCAUGGACAAUGGGACUGGGAUGAACCCUCUGCAGCUGCACAAGAUGCUGGGCUUUGGGCACAGUGACAAGUCAUCCAAUGCAAGGGCAAUUGGGCGCUUUGGCAAUGGGUUCAAAGCGGGGAGCAUGCGGCUUGGGCAGGAUGCACUGGUGCUGACAAAGUGCACCACCAGCCAGAGUGCCGGCUUCCUCAGCCAGACUUUCUUGAAGGCGACAGGGUGCGAGGAUAUUCUGGUGCCGAUGGCGACCUGGGACUUGGAGGGCAGGCGCCUGGGGGCAGGUCAGGCUGACUUGAAGCAGAGCCUGGACGCCAUCAUGCGCUACUCCAUCUUUCAGGCAUGCUCCUCCCAACUAUAUUGA